AUGCCGGCGGAACGUAGUCAAUAUCGAAAAAACGUGCGCCCAAACCAACAGAACACUGUUACCAACAACGGCCUUCAACUGCAAAGUCCAAGAUUUAACAAGAGAAGCAAAAAUCUUGGUGCCGAAAGUGUAAUCUACGGUGAGCCUAGUCGUAUCUCGGUGUUUGACCGACUAGGAACGACUGGUGCUCGUGACUCGCCAUUGGAUAUUCCGCGGCUCCGGUGGCGUCGACCUUCAGAGUCCUAUGAGGAAGAUGCUGAAGUGAAUAAGCAUGGAAGAGAUAUAUCGCCUACGGAUUCUGGGCGCGCAGAACGUAGUUCGAGCGUGGGUCAAGCGUCGAGCAGACAUCAACAAGCUGAAGAGACACGUCCUAACCAGUUCGAAGGACAAUUUAGGAGAACUUCUGGCGAACCUUUGUCUAAUAAUGAUGAUGAGUUUCAGGCUUCUGAUAGAGAUCGAACCACUCAGGCUAAGUUAGAUGUAGAUGAUGUUAAAGAAGAGGACUUUACAAAGAGAUCUCGCAGUCGGUCGCCUGUCAAUUCAGUUAAUUAUGAAGAUGAUCAGAGACUUAAAAUUUGGGAUAGAGAAAGUGAGAAAAACGAGGCUAAAGAGAAGAACAAUAAUGAUAACAUCGGAAGAAAUAUUAUUAAAAAUUGGGAUCAAUCUACGGCACAACCUCUCAAUGGCGAGAUUGAUAACGUAUACAGACAAGAAGAGAACAAUAAUGAUGAGUUCGCCGGCAGUCAAAAAGAUAGGACAACAGAUAACAAUUCUGAAGAAUUGAGACAUAGAGGAGAUAGCGGACGAUCUUCUGUGAGUGUUGGCAAUCGUGACAGUUCUAGACAUCCUCAGAAGUACCAGGAUCGAGCAAAUGAUGAUCGAACAAACAAUCUGCCUAGUUUUAGUAAUGACAGGAGCCCAAACGGACCUCGCGAUAAGAGUGAAGAAAGAUCUCCAGGCUAUAGAGGUGGUCGAGAUAACAGUAAGAAUGACAGCAAAUAUCGCAAUACAGAUGUGCGAGGGCGCCAAAAGCAUUUGUCUCAUACUCCGGAAGAUUCUAUUUCUUAUCCAUGGCGAAAGUGCUUUUCUGAGCGACAUCGAAAACCUUAUUACUACAACGAAAUUACGCACGAAAGCCGAUGGAAUAUACCACUGGAAGAUAUGACUCGAACACAUGCUCGCUCAUUGUCCAAAUCUGAAAACCAUUCCGUUUCCGCGUCGAUCCAGGAUUAUUCUGGCCGUAGCGUUGGUCGUAGACCAACAGAAGAUGACAUAAGCACAGGGGUCAAGAAACGUCAUCGUCCUGAUGAAAUUGACAUGAUCGAACCAACAUCCUCGCAAAGACGACGUGAGCCGAUAAAUCGUCGUCGGAGUGCACUUGAGGAUGACGAGUUGAUAUCAGGUUCAGAAGGGAUUAACAAGCGGGUUGGGCCGAAUGUCGACCGAGGAAGAUUAGAAUGUAGAGACAUGGUCAGACGUUCAUCAACAAGCUUCGAUAUAGAACGAGAUCAUCUCGAUGCAGGAGACUCUGACUUAUCAAUCAAACGUCCUCGAUCAACGACUUACCCAUAUCAUCCAUCCUCGUCUCUGUCCGAGUCGUCUGAAACCAAUUUACACUUGCACGGGCCAUCUCAACGCCAAUCAAAUCGGUUUGUUUCUGAUCGUAGAUCAAAUUAUGUGCGUCAGAACGAUCUAAUUGGUCACCGAUCUGUGACAAGAGGACGAAUUCUUGAUGUAACUGGUGAUGAUAGAGUAGAUGGAUUAGGGUCGAUACAGGGUCAAUACGGAAGUGGUCGAAUUGAUAAUUCAUAUGGUAGACGCGCAAGCCAUUCCAUACAGCAUGAUAUCGGUGGAAUUCGAAAUAGAAUGGAAUAUGAUGACCGUGGCGGAAGUUCGGGGUACGCUAGCAGGAGAGAUAGUAAUUCAUAUUCGAGGAGAGAUCCUUCACCGUACGGAAGAAGAGAUCCUUCACCAUACGGAAGAAGAGAACCGUCACCAUACGGAAGAAGGGAACCGUCACCAUACGGAAGAAGGGAACCGUCACCAUACGGAAGAAGGGAACUGUCACCAUACGGAAGAAGAGACCGUUCACCUUUCAGAAGGAGAGAUUCUUCACCUUUUCGGAGGAGAGACCCUUCACCUUAUGGCCGACGUGAUUUUGUUCCAUAUGGCAGAAGAACAAGUACAUCCAGUCAACUGGAUUCUCCUAUUAACCGUUCUCAAACAUCCCUCCGUCCGCGUCCAUCAGAUCGUGUCGAUCACUCUAUACCCGCUUCAUCAUCACGUAAACAUCAUCAAGCGGAUGUCUCUUCUUAUGACUCACGUGCGAAAUUUUCAAACAGGAACACUCAUGGACUAAAUUUGGCUUCAUCGCAUAAUUACGACAAGCCUUCAGAAGAGGUCACAAUAAAGGAUGUUUCUAACGACGAUACCCCACCCGGAGAGAAUAAUGAUGAUGCACAUGGUACUCCCUUGUUGUUGCCUAAAUCGCCUUCCCGAUCACCGUUUUUCAAGCGUAGAGCUAGAGAGACAGUUGCAGAUCAGAUUGCUCCAGUGGCUUGUUUCUUUACGAAAGGACGUUACUAG